AUGAGCGAGCAGCAGCCUAUCGGUCGCGUACACGCCACAGAGGAAGAAGUGAGGAAUCGGACGCUUACGAGGGAGCAGAUCAGAGAGAUCUACCGCAACCGCGAAAGGAUUCUCAGGGAGCAGUGGGUCAAGGUGUCUGAACUGUUGAUCGUGCGCGAGGAGCUCUCCAAAUGCCAAGAGACGGAGGGUGUCAACGCCCUGAGCGAAUGCGCGUGGUUGGCGAAGAAAUACACGGAUAUGAUGAAGAGCGGAGAACACAGGGUGCGUCAAGGGGUGGAAGAAGAUUGA